AAAGGACUUUUAGUUGUACGUUAAAACUAUAUUUUACGAUAUAAAUUUGCAAUCAAAAUUUUUAUUAAAAAUAAACAAAAUAUUGUAUAAUUUCAGUGUUUAUACCAAGCAUAUUGCAAACGAAAGGAGACUACGAAAGAGUUAUACAAAACAACAGGUCCACCGAUUGAGUCGUUAGAAAUGGAAAAACGUUUUUUAGAGAAUCCUUAUCCGGAUUAUGUGAACAAACAAACCACUCCCUUAGAGUAUGAUGAUGAACAUGUAAAGAAUUUAAUAUGUACUUACGUUGAUGCUAUUCUCGAACACUGUCGCCCCGGUUGUGAUGACGAAGAUCAUAGAGGUGAUUUGUAUGUGGGUAAUGCCGGUAUUGCCUAUAUGUUUUGGAAAAUGGCAAGAUCAUCACAAUGUCAUGACCUUUAUCCGGCUUUGGAGCAUGCUCAUGCAUUUAUAAGAAAUGCCAAAGCUAAUGCUGACCGCUAUAAAAAACGGUCGUCCGAACGUUAUUCAUUUUUAUGUGGAAAUGCAGGUAUUUACGCUGUAUCUGCUGCAAUUUCUCAUGAUUUAAAAUUGACACAAGAUCUAUCGGAUGAUUUAAUGAACUUCAAAAGCGGUAUAGCUCCAAGUAAGGAAUUUAUGCAUACAAAAUACGGUUGCGACGAAGUGCUUGUGGGUAGAGCUGGUUAUUUAUCGGGAUGCUAUUGGUUGAAUGAUGUGCUAACAGAGAAAAAAAUAACCGAUGAUGAUGUAUUAUCUAUAUGCCAAAUGGUCAUAGCAAGUGGUCGAGAGUAUGCUAAACAAACAAGAGCACCUUUGCCUUUGAUGUACCAAUAUCACGGCACCGAGUAUUUGGGAGCCGCUCAUGGUUUGUGUGCCAUUCUUCACAUGUUGCUGGAUAGUCCCUGGUUUCAAACCGAUCCCAUAUCAGCUCCCAGUGCCGAAUUAAGGGAUAUUAAGAGGUCAAUCGAUUUCUAUUUGAUGCUUCAAGAUGAGGAGGGUAAUUUUCCAGUUGCAUUGGAAGAUCUUAAAAGUGGUCGAGAGAAACGUUUAGUACAUUGGUGCCAUGGAGCACCAGGAGCUGUUUAUUUGUUAGCUAAAGCCUAUUUAAUAUUUAAAGAAGACAAGUACAUGCAGGCUCUGAAAAAGUCGGCCGACUUAGUUUGGCAUAAGGGAUUUUUACGCAAGGGUCCAGGAAUUUGUCACGGAGUUGCUGGCAACGGUUAUGUUUUCUUGUUACUGUAUCGUCUAACUCAUGAGCCUGUCUACAUAUACAGAGCAAUCAAAUAUAUGGAACUAUUAAGUAAUUCUGAAUUUAGAUUACGUGCUCGAACUCCUGAUCGUCCCCAUAGUCUAUAUGAGGGUGUUGCUGGUACUGUUUGUUACUUAAUUGAUUUACUAGAACCGGAUCAAGCACAUUUUCCAUUUAUGGAUGUUUUCCAUUGAGUUACGCCAUAAUUGGAAUAUUUUGUAUGAUUUUAAUCAAAGUCAAAGGCAAAACUCAUAUUUGAUGCCUUGUUUUUUGCUGUCUCUCUCUCUUUAUAAAACUCAGAACUUUGAACCUCACUCACGCAUAUCAGGGAACUUACAUAAGCAGUAGACUAUUUUUUCGUUUAAUAUUAAUACUAUUAUUAUUUCAAUGAAUUCAUAUUUGUACUUUGCUCAACUUGUGUUAAAGAUUUCAUCUGAUUGUGAGUUAAUAUUUUUUUGUUUUCGUUUCAAAAUGGAUAUUUUUGUACGUUUCCCAUACCCAAUAAAUUGGCAGUGAAUGUGUCUUAAAUUAUUCCCAUAACGACAAAAAUUUUCAAUUAAGAAAAACUACGACAGUUUACCGAAUUAUUUGCGUUUUUUGUAUGAAUAGAUAAGAAACCGAUAUUAAUAUGUUUAGAAUCUUGUAUGUUUAAAUAUUUGCAGAGCAAUUCUAUUUUGUGCUUUAAGACUAUUUAUAUUAUAGUAAUUUUUUUACAUAAAUUAUGUACUUGUAUUAUUUACAUAAACCAAACAAUAUAAAAAUAUAACAUGUAUUUUGAAAACUAUUUAAUAAAAUUACCCAUUUAAAAUUUACUCCAACAUAAA